UAUGGUGGAAAUCGUCUGUUUCUUCUCUUGGUACCCUUUGCAAGUUGCGCGUGCUCUUUACACCUUCAUGUGAAAAGUGGCCUUCGCUGCAGAGGGAAGAUAAAAAUAUAUGACUGGGAUAUCGCUCCACCCGGAAGUUCAUCGCAUAUGAAGCGUUUCCGGACUUUCCCUCGUCAUACAAAAACUUUUUUGGGUAGUCUGAUGCUUCCCGGGAAAAAACCAGCGCAUUAUGCGGACUAUUUAGAGACCACAUUAUGUCCGGUACUCACGACGUGUACACAUUUAACAGUGUCAUCAAAAAAUACAGUUAUUUCACACUGUACGCACAGCUGAUCCUGAUUUAUUGUAGUCUGACUGUGAUAGUAACCUCAAAUUCCGAGAUCAUGUCCCAAAGAUCGAAUUCCAUAGACAUUCUUAAUUUAGAAGAUAUAUAUACACCUACUGGAGUACGUUUGUCGGGGAUUUACAAACGGAGCUUCGCAUAUAUAACGAUCAAGGAUAGAUUACCAGUAAUUUUAACUAAAAUAGUCGAUACCUUAAGUCGUAAUAAAGAGGACAUUAUACAAACAUGUGGAAAGGAUGCAUCGGAAGAAAUUAAACAGAUUAUAGGAUUUAUUAGUAAAUUAAAGAAUGAAAUGGUUACAAAUAAAACUUUAACGCCUAUGCGAACAUUACCAAAUGCAAUAGACAAUGACGCAGACGAAUGGAAUAAAUAUUUAAUCAAACGAACUGAGAUAGAAGGGAUGACGCCUACAUGGUUUAAUACAAUUUGGUUGUAUUGCGAAUGUUACAUGUAUCGGAUACUUGCACAAGAAAUUGCCCUCACAAAGUAUUUGCAUAAUUAUGAUGCUUUCGAACAACAAAAGCAAAAUGCUUUUAUCAAUUCAUUAAUAAGCAUAGAAGCCCUUUGUGCUUAUACAAUGCAGUUCAAGAAAAGAACAGAGUCUUUAUCAGUGGAUGAAUCGAAACAAGAGUUUUCUAAAUUUCUUCAGCUAAAUCUUUGGGGCAAUAAAUGCGAUUUAUCGCUUAGCGCUGGAGCAGAAGUUAGUCAAACCAGUAAUCCCAUGGAAGCUUUAAAAACAUUGCAGAAAGAUAUUCUUGUUGACAACUCAGAAUUGGCUUGGAAUUUAUUAAAGAAAUCGCAAAGUCCUAAGACAUGUAUCAUAGAUAUGGUAUUAGAUAACGCAGGAUAUGAACUUUUUACUGACUUAUGUUUAGCAGUGUUUUUAAUAGCUAGUGAACUUGCCUCAAAAAUAAGAUUUUAUGUAAAAAAAUACCCAUGGUAUGUAAGCGAUACAAUGAAAAAAGAUUUUUAUUGGACUGUAGAUUACAUGAAGAAUUCAUCGAAUAAAGAUUUAAAAGAAGUAGCCGAACUGAUUAAUAAUUAUUUGAAAAGUAAUACAUGGACUGUUGAGGAGGAAUCCUAUUGGACAGGUCCAUACGACUUUUCAGAAAUGAAAGAACACGAUGAAGCGUUGUAUGCCAAAUUAUCAGAAGCCAAACUAAUAAUAUUUAAAGGUGACUUAAAUUAUAGAAAAUUAGUGAGCGAUAUAAAUUGGAAAUACACAACAUCAUUUACCGAGGCGUUAAGAGGAUUUCAACCAUCACAUAUACUUAGUUUAAGAACAAUAAAAUCAGAUGUUUGUGUUGGUUUACAAUCAGGCGUAGGAGAGGAACUUUUUAAGAAAGAUGAAAAUUGGAUGAUUACAGGACAAUAUGGGCUUAUUCAAACAACUAUAACUGAACCUUGUCAAUGCUCCGAUAGAAUAUGUUAAAGUGUUUAGAAACGAGGGAACAAUGAAAAUACGUCGAUAUAUAAAUUUUUAUGCUAUUGCAUGUGUUCUGUAUAUAUGUACCAUUUAAUUUUAUGCUUGUAUUUCAGCUAUUAUAUAUUCAAUGUAUAUAAUUCACUGUACAUACAUAUACAUAGCGCAACAACAACUACAACUGUACAAGUACCUUUAUACUUUAAUUAUGAAAAUAAUUACUACAUUCAACAUUGAAUAUGUACCUGGAACACCGAAUUCUUUCAUUUAUUUAAUAAUGUGAUUCCAAUCCUGAAAGUACUUAACAAAAAUUUAAGGUAUUUUAACCACUAUCAAAUUUUUCCUCUUUAAACACAUGUUGCAAAUUUCAUCAUUUAAAUACGUGUGAUACUCUUAUAAGCUAUACAAUUUUCGUACUGUUAACUAUUUUUCUGUAUUGGGUGAUUUGCUGUACAUUCAAUAUUGUGCAGGUACACAAAGGAAAUAAAAUUCUGUUCUAAAAAUUUUAAUGUAUCGCAUCCAAUUAAUAAUCA